AUGGGGGAGAAAGUGAAGUGGCCGUUGAAGAACACCGAUGGAAGAGAAAAAGACACCACUAAAUGGUGCGGCUUUCAUCAAGUCUAUGGGCACAAAACCACCGAAUGCAAGGCCUUACUUUACGAAGUAAAUGACUUGGUCAAUCGCGGCCAUUUGCACGACUUGCUGACCGAAAGAGGAAAGGCUCUUUUAGUAAAAAGAAAGGAAAAGGCCGCAGAAGAUGGUAUACCUGAGCCCACCGAAACUAUUGCAGUCAUCAUUGGGGGUUCGGAGAUUAGUGGAAUUUCUCACUCGGCUGCCAAAAGAAGUGCAAGAGCCGCCAUCAAUCUAGAUGCAAGGAAGGGCCGACCGACGAAGACUCCUUCCGAUCAGGUGAUCAUGUUUACCGAUAGUGAAGCCACCGAUCUGUUAGAUCCACACCACGAUGCCCUUGUCAUCUCCAUCCAGGUAGCAAAUUGCAUAAUCAAGCGGGUGUUGAUCGACAACGGCAGUUCAGCGAACGUCUUGAUGUUGAGCACCCUAAAAAAGAUGAACAUUGAUGAAAAUCAUGUUGUAUGA